AUGGCGGCGGUGGUGUGGGGAGGCCGGGCUUUCGGGAAUGACAGGGUGGCCCCCCCGUGGGGUUCUGCCUUGCGGUUUUGCGAGUGCGCGGAACGGCGAGGGGGUGGUGAGCCCGGCGGCGGGGCUCGCAUCGCCGGCCCGGCCCGCGCCGUUCUGGCCCCCUUUCGCCGCUGGCCCCUCGCGCCGUCACCAUGUACUACGCCCCCAGGUCCGACCCAGCGCCCAGGCGCGGAACGUCCCGCGCGCCGCCGCCUCGGGCGGCCCUUGAGCGUCGUUUCGACGGGCCGCCGGCCACAGAUCGAUCCGAUCGGCCGCCGCCGCGAUGCGGCUGAUGACAUGCGUCGACCUCGGGCUGAUCUGAGCUGCCCGGUCACUGCAGGGAGCACUGCCGUCCCCAUGUCCGGCAUCCGAAGGGAGCUGCAGCGCGCGGCGGCGGCGCUACCCAUGCCGGCUCUGAAGGCGUGCGAGGGCGCCAGGGGGCCGCUGGCGCUGGCCAGCGACGAGCGCAGGCCCUACGAGUCGCCGGGGCUGGACAUCUUCCAAAUGGAGAUCGACAGCGUCGGUCUGGGAGGCGAUCACGACGCGCCGUCGGACAGGCUGGGAGUGACCUCCGACACCUGCAGCGAGGCGUCCACGGAGUCGAGCGUGAUGCUGGUGUUGGAAGAUUUGCUGGGGGGGCGGGGGAACGCCCCGGGCGAGAUCGCCGCCGCCGAGGGUGGCAAGGCGGCGACGGCUGGCAGGCUGUUCCGAAACAGGUCGGGGCACAUCCCUAUAUCGAGGCCCGCCGGCGGUGGCGGCCAGCUGCCGGCCAAGCCGUUUGGGAAGCUGAGCAAGAGCCUGUCGGGGCACCGGCCCCGCGCUGGGCGCUUGGGAGAGCCGGACCACUCGAAGGGAGGCCUGGCCCCGCCUGCCAGGCAGCUGAUGAAGCAGGCGAACGGAUCGCUGCAGAGCUGGGCGUCCAACAGCAGGGAAGCGUGCCUGGGUGAGGCGGAACGCGGGCAAAUGGACAAGUCCGCUCCCGUGCCGAUUGUGCAGCGUUUUGGGCACAGGGCGUGCUCCGGUGACGACGAUGGUGACAACCCGUUCAUUCCGCCGCAUGAGUACCUGGUCAUGAAGGAGCUGAGCGAUGAUCCUGAGAACGGGAAUUUCGCAAACCCCAGCACAGGCCGCCUGAAGGGUUUGUCAUCCCUUCGCAUGAGAAACAUGGUGCUCUCGGAGACUGGGUACUACGAUGGGUACACCGAGAUGUGGCAACAACCAGGGAAGCGGUCACCUGCCCUUAUUGACCAAGCUUUGGAGACCCAGUUCGAUUUUCGAUUUUGA